GCGGCGGCGGCAGCGGCAGCGGCGAGGGGCCGCGGGCGCCUGACGGUCGGCGGAGCCCUCGCUGCGGCCAUCUUUCCGGCCCGGGCCGCGGGGAGGCGUGGGAGCGCCCUCGCCUCCUCCUCCGUCCUCCGCGGGGCACCGGCGGCGGAGCGGCGGGGCUUCCAGCGGGGGCCGGUGGAUGGGGAGUGGCGCGCCGAGCGGAGCCGGGCUCGGGGAGGAGCGGCGCCGUCGCCUCUCUCGGUUCCCGGUCGGAGCGUGAGGGGAGGGGAGCCCAGGCCGCGCGGGCCCCCUCGCCGCUUCCCGUCAGCCCCGCGCCAGGCCCGGGCGCGCGCCGCCUCGCUUUUGUGUGGAGGCCCGGCCGGCGGGGAGCGCCGUUCGCGGACGGCCGAGCCCGAGGCCCGCCACCCUGCGGCUGCUACCCUCCCGCCGCGCGGCCCCUGUUCCCCGCGAGCACCGCGGCGGUGCCGGCCAUGGAGUAAGGAGGAGGCGGCGUGGGAGGAGGAAGAUGGCGGCGGGCAAGAGCGGUGGCAGCGCCGGGGAGGUUACUUUUCUGGAAGUGGGGCAAAUCUGCUCAGUGUAGAAGAUGAGGAUUCUGAAACCUCAAAAGGAAAAAAGUUAAAUCGGAGAUCUGAAAUUGUUGCUACUAGUUCUGGUGAUUUCAUCUUGAAGACUUAUGUAAGACGAAACAAGACUGACAGUUUAAAAACUUUGAAAGGCAACCCAAUUGGACUUAACAUGUUAAGCAACAGUAAGAAACUGAGUGAAAACACACCAGCUACGGCAUUAUGCUCUGGAACUGUAGUUCACGGUAGACGCUUCCAUCAUGCUCAUGUGCAGACUCCAGGCAUCAAAACAGCGGCUCAGAGCAAUCAGGACCGAAAAGAAAGGAAAGAAUACCCACCUCAUGUCCACAAAGUUGAAAACAACCCUGUAAUGUUAACUCAUGGCCAAGGUGGAGGCCAUAUAGUGAAGAAAACUGAAGACUCGGAAUCGUGUAUCGAGCCUGAAAUUAAGAGGAAAGCACAGCAGAAGCGGCACUGUAGUACUUACCAGCUAUCUCCUCUGACCCCCGCCUCAAAGAAGUGUUUGACCCAUUUAGAGGUUUCUGAGCAGCGUGAAUGUUGCCCAAAAUGUGGAAAAGAAAAAGAAAAUCAGACCAAAUGUCAAAGUUGUGGUAUUGUUUUUCAUAAUGAUUUGCAAAGAAAUUACCGACAAGCUAUAACUCUGAAUGAAACUACUGGACCAUUGCUAAGAACUUCAAUUCAUCAGAACUCUGGAGGACAGAAGUCACAAAACACAGGAUUGACAGUUAAAAAGUUUUAUGGGAACAGUAUGGAAAAAAUUCCAGUUGAUAUUUUGGUGACCUGUGAUGCUAGCAGACAUAAUUACAUACAGACAAAUGGGAAAGUCAUUUUACCUGGAGGAAAAAUACCUAAAAUCACAAACCCGAAAGAACGAAAGAUAAGCAUGUCAGACCUAAACGAUCCAAUCAUUUUGUCCAGUGAUGAUGACGACGACGACAGGACUAAUAGACGAGAGAGCAUAUCCCCGCAGCCUGCUGACUCAGCGUGUUCUUCCCCAGCACCAUCUACUGGAAAAGUAGAAGCUGCACUAAAUGCAAAUACAUGCCGAGCAGAGCAAGAACCUAGGAGCAGUUCAGCAGAGUCAGAGUUAAAUACAGUUGUCAUCCCAAGAAAAUCAAGAAUGAAGGACCAGCUUGGCAAUGCCAUCAGCACACCUCUAAAGCGUCGUAAAAUAAACACUCAUGGAACUUUAAUUCACACUAUGUCUUUAAGCUGCCCAAACUAUGAAAGUGUCAUUUUAAACUGCCGCAGUAUACGAGUUGGAACACUCUUCCGACUGUUGGCAGAGCCUGUAAUUCUAGACCCACAGGACUCUCUGUGCGGGAUUGGAAACAGCUACCACCGCAACGAAGAGAACGUCUUGUGGGGCCACCAGCAGCGGGCACGCAGCAGAGACGCGGAGCUGUGCUCUGCCCUCCGUUCCUCCCAGACCCCCGAGGCCCCGCCCAUCCCAGGCCUCACGCCAUUAAGCCCCGCCCCUUCCCAGCACCCAUUCGACCCUCCCACGCCCCGAGGCCCCGUCCCAUUCGGCCCGCCCCGCCCCACGACUUGA